GUGACCUUGAAUUCGAAGGCAGGGAUCUAGUUCAGCCGAGCAUGGACGGUGCAGAAAGCAGCCCUGGAUAAGCUUCCAGCCUCUGGCGAUGUCUACACAGUCAUAAAAGGGUGGCAAACUCCCCAUCCAAAGAAGCUGUGGCGCGCUGUAGACUCAUUGGAAAAGACAACUUGCAGGAGACUUGGAGUGGGUCACGCUGUGGAGCAUAAGUUCUCAUGCCGAUUGUCGCAGUUGAUUUCAGCGGCCAUCUGAUAUUCUGGAAUGUAGCUUUUCUGCACAGAAACUUGGUUGCUGGGUUCGCCUUCUCAACUUGCCUCAGAAGUGGGAGGUCCAAACAAUUGCGUUGAUUGCGUUCACAAGGCGCCAGAUCUCGCUUUGAGAGUGCAUACACGAGGGCAGCUGGUCACAAGCACUUUCUCCACGCAUUUGUGAUCGCAGCUGCGAUCAUCUGGCUGGGGUCGUAAGCUGUGAGGGUGUUCAAGCUGCAACCCUGUGGUCAGGAAUCUUCCCCCGUGCUGCGGGCUGGCCUGAUGGCCCACCCGAUCAGGCUGGGCUUGCUCCCCUGCUUGCUCUUCCCACUGCUGCUGGCGACCCCAGCAGUGGGCGCCAUCCAGCCCAAGGUGCCAGCUGUCUUUGCGUUUGGCGAUGAGCUCCUAGACACCGGCAACUGCCUGGCGCUGCCGGGUGUACCCAGGCUGGCGGAUAGCAAGCCGUAUGGGCUGGCCACGUUUGGGAGGCCCACCGGCCGCUACUCGGAUGGCAAGCUGGUGGUCGACCAUCUAGCGGACCUGCUGGGCAUCCCGUACCUUAUACCGUACGCUGUCACCGCCCUUAUAAAUGUGACGGAUGCCCACCGCACCAGUCGGGCAGCCAACGAGGUGCUGCCAGCUGUUCCUCUGACUGAGUCUGCCGCUCAGCUUGCUCACGGCAUCAGCUAUGCGGCGUGCGGGGCGGGGGCGCUCCAAUCCACGGCCGGGUGGUCAAGCCUGGAGGAACAGGUGGCGGCGUUUGAGUGGGCAGUCAAGAACGGCACGUGGGCGCCCAUGACAGUGACCAAUGCUCUGGUAGUGAUGAGCGUGGGCAGCCACGAUUACGUGCAUGCGGCCAGCAAGAAGGGCGCGGUCAGCCAGUUUCUGGAGACGCAGGUGGUGAGCGUGAUGAGCGAGGCGGUGUCGUCUCUGUACUCGCUGGGCCUGCGCCGCUUCUUGCUACUGGGCGUCCCCGCUAUUGGCUGCACGCCCAAGUACCGCGGCCGCAUCGACACCCAGGGCGGCAGGUGCGACGAGAAACUAGACUCAGCGGCGCUCGGGCACAAUGUGAUGCUCAAGACGGCGGCGCACGGGCUGCGGGAGCGGAUGAAGGGGGCGGUCGUGGUUGUGGUGGAUACUUUCGAGUUCGUGUUCUCGGCCAUCGCAGCCGCCGAGAAAGCGGGCUGGGAUGACGUCAAGGUGCCGUGCUGCUCGGGGGAGUGCAGCAAGGACAAGGCGUUCACAGUGUGCGAUCGACCAGCAAAGUAUCUCUGGUGGGACGAUUUGCACCUGAGCGACGCGGCCAACCGGCAGCUGGCGCAGCGCAUCUUCGACGGCCACGGCGGCUACACCACCCCGGGCAGCCUCGCCGACGCGCUCGGCUUCGCCAAGCUGGGGCCCGUCGACGAGCAAGGGCGAGAGAAAGAGAUCUGGGAGUCCCCCGAGUGGGCCGCCCUGGCGUGGGUGGCCUUCUGCUUCGUGUACGUGGCGUGCCUGGUGUACGCGCAGCUGCCCCGGCCAGCCCCCCCGGGCAGGUACAGCCGGCCCUGAAUCUCACGCCCAUAGAGCGGGCCCCGCGUUCCUCGCACGCAGUCAUGAGCUGAUAGAUCAAAGGUAUCGAGCCGCCUACUAUUCUUUCAAAGAGUACUUGUACAGCGCAGUGUUUGCUAAAAGCGGCAAGGAAAGGCCUUUUUGACAAUAAUAAUAAUAGCAAAUCUUGAGAGCAGGCAGAGUAGCUAUUCUUUUGGAGCUGAGAUUGGGUGUAAGGUCAGGGCGCUGAGCGCGGGUAAGUCUGGUGCAAUGGCAGUUGAUUCUGGUCACCACACCCAAAAGUGAAGCUCAUAAGAGCGCCAGCUAAGGCGAUGCAAGACGUCCUAUAUGGAUGUUUAGCUUUGUCACGUCUUCCGUGUCAAGAAGACUCUGUCUUUUGCCUAGAACGAGGUACGUGAAGUGCAUGAUCAUUGAGCG